AUGAGUCUCAUCCCAAAAUUAGAAUCCAGAGUCAGUCACUCCAACAUUGGGCAGCCGCAUAUAUCGCGGCCGAGCGUGAAGCGGGAGAUUCAGCGCCUUGCGCCAAAGCUACGAGAAGUGCUAGAAAGGCUUGCCGACGAAGACGACCAUCCAUAUGAGCUGCUUUUCGGCUAUGCUGGUAUCUUGUACAUGAUCCGCGCCGUCGAGUCCGCGAGACCGGGAACGGCAAGUCAACUUAACACCGCUAAAGUCCGAAUCGUCGAAAAGACACUUGGCGCAGGGCCCUUAUGGACGUGGCGCGGGAAGCGCUAUAUCGGUGCCGUCCACGGUGACAUUGGCAUCUUGACCCAACUCAUACUGACAGACCCGAAGCUUGCGGAGAACCCGAUUAUCCUGGGCUCACUUAAGCGGAUGCUUGAAGUACAGCGAGAAAAUGGUAAUUGGGAGACGAAAGACGACCCAGGUAAUACCAUCUACGAGGGUCUUACUCAAUUCUGCCAUGGAGCGCCUGGGUUUGUUCUCUCGCUCGUGCACCUUGAGAAGUUCUUCCCAGACUUGAAGGAAAAAAUUGGCAAAGCUCUUCAGCUUGGCAGAGAGUUCAUCUGGAAGGAAGGCCUUUUGCGUAAAGAGCCUUGUCUGUGUCACGGAGCACUCGGUAAUUCUCUGGCUUUUCCGCCGGGGAAAGAACGGGACCACUUCCUGGCUUGGUCGCUGCCGUCCAAAGUUGCGGAAGAGCGCGAGCGGGACAGGACGCUUUUCGCACCUGAGGACGGGGCGCGCCUGGCAACGUUCUUCGACUACCUGCCUAGCGCAGCUUGGACAUACAUGGUUUGCGGAGAGGAAAUUCCCGGGUUCAUUCUCUACACUGAUGUUAAGAUUUCUCAGCCUCAGUCGUUGCACACUUCAUGUAAGGUUGCUGUAGAGGAGAUUUUGGUUGCGACUGAACUUUGUUAA